AUGCCGCCUAAAGAGUUCGAAUUUGUGAAUUCGACCACCUCCAAGGUCCCACAAUGCAAGAAUUUACGGACGCUGAUCCGCAAGCAAGCCAUGAAAGAUGUGGCUGCCGCGAGAAGACGGAGGGGCAACUACGGGAAGAAGAACCUCAGGCAGUUGCCGGAUUCGUCAACCUCGACUCCGCCUACAGGCCCAGACAAACCCGAAAUCCAAAAAUCCAUUGUUCGGCAGGCAGGUUCGUCCUGUGAAGUACAAGGGUUUGGAUCCCACCUGUGCAUGGAAUGUCAGUCCCCAAGAUGCGUCAUGUCUCGACUGAAGAGUUAUAUUCCUCCUCGCAAUCCGAUGCAGAGUGAUUACUUACGCCUUGGUGUCUCUUCGGGGUUCUCAAUCCUCAACAUCUGUCCACUGACGAGCCUCCAUCUGGGGGUCGCUAAGAUGUCACACUUUGCAUCCGAGGGCGCCGAGGCCGUGCGGGUCUUUCCGCUCCCACCCGGGCCCUCAUCCUGGCUCGCUUUCAUUCCUAGUCGGUACGGGAAUGUUGAGAGCCUCAGUUAUGCUGCAGACUGUGUCGUUGAGGGGCUGAAAUGGAAUUUUGGCUCAACUGCAGCUGCUAGUGAGGGGACAUCAGUGGCUCGAUCAUAUAUGAGAGCAUUGAGAAGCCUCCAAGCGGUACUGAAAGAGGCUAAAGAGUCGAGGACAACGGAGACUCUCUGUGCCGCUGCAUUGCUAGGCACCUACGAACUUCUCGAUACUGGCAGAAGCCACGGGUGGAUGCAGCAUGCCGGAGGCGUGGCCAAACUCAUCGAACAUCGGGGGCCAGUUAUGUUCGAGGACGACUUCGAUAAAGCCAUUCUCCUGGCGCACAUUGGCCCUAUAGUAACUCAAGCCCUCAUGAGCGGUAGACGAUGCUUCUUGGCCACAGAGCGCUGGAAAAGGGUGCUUUUCUCUUCGAUUCAGACUUCUCGACUGUUCGGCGGCAGAAUCGGCUUCGCAAUGUCACUCUGGGCGAAUGUGGUAUCGCUCCCGGACCUCUUCAACAUGGCAGAAGAAUUAAUCCACUCAGAACAUCCGAGUCCAGAUUCUAGUGUCUCUGCGCUGAUAGAUCAUGCCCUUGUCUUCUGGGAAGACCUUUCAAGCUGGUACCGGAAGUAUAGUGCAGCAACUGGCCUUUCCAAUAACAUAAAUGCGUGCGGUACUUUCGAUUACCUCGAUUAUCCACCAUGCUUAUCUUUGCCCUCGCCCCCACCAAAUUUCAUCAUUUUGAGGCGGAAUGCCAGAAUCUGGCAUGGCAAAUCCUACAACGGCGGGAGCGCGCUGAAAAUGCCACCCAUUCACUUUCGUCUGGACUCUUCAUAA